AUGGAAUUUAUGGAUCCAUCAGUUUUACCACCUUCAAGGCCAGGUACAUCUAAUUCAACCACAUAUGUGUUUAAUGAAGUUAAACAAAGAAGAAGGUUACAUUUAGAUCAUUCAAUUGAAAAUAAAAUUGUAAGUAUGUGUUUUAUUUUUUCAUGGAUUGUCUUUGAAAUACUAACAAGCUUGAAUUUUCAGGAACUUAAUGAAACUAUAAUUGCAUAUAAAAGGCAGAUAAAAGAUCAGAGUGAAACUUUCCAAGUUCAUAUUUUCAAAGAUGGAGUUAAACCUAAAAAAACUUCAGAAUCUUUAAAUAAUGGAGGAAUUAUUGCAUUACAAGUAUCACUGAAUCGUGGUUAUAAACUUUGGAAAAAUAUUUUAAGAAUUGAAUUAGAUGAUCAAUUUCAACAUAAUGAAGAUCCAAAAGUUUUCAAAUUGAAAAAUAUGAUUAAUGGAAUAAGUUUUAUAUUGAAAGAUGUUGUUAUGACAAGAGAUAGUAAUUCAUCAUUGACUGAUAAAAAAGUUGUUUUAUUAAAACUUUGGUUACAACCUUUAAAACCAAUGAAAAAAAUACCAAAAGAAACAUCAGUUGCACUUUGUCAUUUACUUGAAGAAAAUUUUGAUUUAAGUUUACAAAGUUGUAUUACAACUGCAAAAUUUAUUGAUAAUUCAACAUCAGAGAUCUAUAAAAUUUUCAGUUGA